AUGGCUCUGCGCUUGCUAAUCCUCGGUCUGAUAGCAUUGGCUACUCUAGACUUUGGUUUUUGCGAAAAACCUAGUGGCAAAAUUCAGAAACGAGAACUCACCAUAACAAAUGAACUCGGAGCUCCUGAUGGCCAGCAACGGUACUUGAUUAAGGUCAAUGGCCAGUUCCCUGGUCCAGCAUUGAUUUUCGAUGAGGGCGAUGAUGUCGAGGUCACGGUUCACAAUCAUAUGGAAAGAAACACUAGCAUCCACUGGCACGGCUUGCUACAGCAGGGCACCCAGUACUCCGAUGGCGUCGCAGGCCUCACUCAAACGCCCAUUGAGCCCGGCGAUAGCUUCAUCUACAGAUUCAAGGCUUAUCCCGCUGGAACUUAUUGGUACCACUCGCAUGUGCGAGCUCAACUGAUGGACGGCCUGUACGGCGCGAUUGUUAUCAAGCGCAAGGCUGAUGACCCAACGCCCUGGCACCUGAUCAGCAAUAACAGCCGAGAUAUUUCCCAGAUUCAAGCAGCGGUCAACGACCCGCAGCUCAUGCUCUUGUCCGAUUGGUCCAAGUACAAUUCCACCGAUUAUAUCUACUACCAGAACUACGCAAAAGUUGGUAUUUUCUGCCUUGAUAGCUAUCUCAUCAAUGGCAAGGGCUGGGUCAACUGCCCAGGCCAGGAAGUUAUCAAUGCCAACACGCUACCAGCACUACUGCUAGCCAUUGAACCAGAUGUUGCUACCGAGAAAGGUUGCUUCCCCAUCGAUGCCAAGACGCAGUUUGAGUUCAUCAACGCAUCUAUGCCGGAGAGGCUACCGCGCGACAUGUUCUUCGACUGCGUGCCAUCUAAAGGCAGCGAAGAAGUGAUCAAGGUUGAUCCAACAAAGACUAAGUGGAUCAGUCUCAACUUCGUUGCCACCGUUGCAGCCUCCGACUUGAUGGUCUCCAUUGAUGAGCACCCUAUGUGGGUGUACGAAGUUGACGGCAACCUUAUUGAACCCAGACUGGCGAAUGCAUUCGACAUCCGCGCCGGUGAGCGGUACUCUGUUUUGAUCAAGCUUGACAAGACCGCUAAGGAUUACACUAUUCGGGUGCCAAACAACGGAGAAAGUCAGGUCAUCUGGACCUGGGCCACGCUGCGAUAUACCAACCAGGGUCGCCACUCCAAUGCAGCCGAAUCGACCCCGUAUAUUGGAUGGUAUGGCCAGAAUCUUACCGAGUCAGUCGUCUUCUUUGACAGAUUCACCAUCAAAGCGUACCCGCCAAUUGCACCCGCCGAGACUUCCGACAUUCUGCACAAAUUCAGCAUCCAUCGCGUGAACGGCGCGUGGCAAUUCAGCAUGACUGACUCGCUUGUGCUGUAUCCCCUUGACUGGCGCGCAUACGAGCCAUUCCUGCAGACUGGUGUAGAGACCCCUGAUUCCUACAACACGUCCCUAGCCGUCCGCAACAAUCACAACCAGUGGGUAGAUCUUCUCAUCCAGUGGAACUCGAUCGUGGACGGCGUGUCCCACGUCAUCCACAAGCACGGCACCAAGUUCUGGGUUCUUGGCACUGCCAUCGGUGUGUUCACGUGGAACAAUACGGCCGACGCGAUAGCAGCAAACCCGGACGCUUUCAAUUUGGUUGAUCCUCCAUAUCGCGACACAGCAGUGGCCCCUGAUUAUGUCGCAGAUCAGUCCUGGAUGUUGCUCCGCUACCAGGCUACUAACCCCGGCGCCUGGCUUCUUCAUUGCCACUUCGAGACCCAUCUUGCAACCGGUUUCGCUCAGGCGAUUCUGGACGGUGUUGACGAAUGGCCUGUGGUUCCGCCAGAGUAUGCUUUGGGUCACAAUGGUCAAAAGUGA